UCCUACAUCAUCGCAAGAACCUUACGUCAAUAUUGCUGAUUAUCAAUACAGUAUAUAAUAAUUGAACUAUUAAUUAAUAUUAAUUGAGCUACUAUUCUCAAUCAAUCUCCAUACAGCUUGUGAAGGAUCAUAUAAAUUUUGCUAAAGAUCAACCUUUCGGCUUGGAAUGCGUCUGGAUACAAAUUUACGAAACAUAUAUGUGUUCGAAAUGGAAUUUCACCACUGAUCCAGCCUUCCUGAGGAUAUUGGGUAACAGCAAACUGAUAUAAGUAUUGGUUUCACAAUUAUCAAGUUCAUUGAAUAUUUCACAAGCCUUCAUUUUUUUAUCUUUGUUAAGCCUGAAUCAGUUUAAUAGGUAGCCUACUUCAAGUAUAUGACCACAUUUUCAAGCCCUUUUGUCUCUUGUAUCUUGGAUUAAUCAAUUCAAUAUUCCAAGAAUGGCCACUUUCAGAAGUCCAGGCGAGCUGUCCGAUUGGAGAAUGAUUGACUUGAGCCAUGAUGAGAUCAUGAAGGCUCUGGCGCAACCUCUUCAUAAACCUUCAAUCGACAAAGUCUGUCAUCUGACUUGUAUGGUCAUCACUGAGGAAGCUUUAAGCGGACUUUCCAAAGUAAUAAGUACAGUAGAGUUUGCCUCAAUAGCAGACAAAUUGCACAAUACUUAUGGCCCACUACAAGAUGACAAAUACACCGAAUCAAAUCCCCACUCCAAUCAAUUGGAGCCCAUCUCUUCGACAUCAUCAACUACAGCACAUGAAAGAAAACCAGAAAUGGUGCAUGAAAAACUGGAAUUAUCAUCUCCCUCCAAUCAAUUGGAACCCAUCCCUUCGACAUCAUCAACUAAGCAUGUAAAAACCCCAGAAAUGUUGCAUAAGAAACUGGAUUUGAAUCAUGGGGAGGUUUCAAACACUACAGAGAAUUUGAGUUCUGAAAUAGAAUUGCUAGGUAGAUUCAAUGAACACAUUUUCUCGAGCAUUGAUACUACUCAAUAUGAAAAUUUUCGAGACUUUUGUUUGAUGUAUUUAGGAAAAGCUCUCGAAGUGAAACCCCAGAAGUUGACCAAUCUUUCCCUCAGUGGAAAUUCAGUUACAAGCGAAUUGCUCAUUGAAUUUUUAAAAUACUUGCCAAAAUCUGAAAUUUGUUCUCUUGAUUUACCAAAAGUAGUUGAAAAAAUACCUUCUCACUUGAGGGGUAAUUCAGUUGAUAUAGAUUUUGUAGAUGAUGAUGAUGAUGAUGAUGACGAUGAUGAUGAUGAUUGUGGAGGUCGUCGAAUACCUUGGUUAAAACAUUUUAUUGCUACUUCUGCUGCUGAAGAAGAAGAUGAUGAUGGUGAUAAUGAUAAUGAUGAUGAUGAUGGUGAUAAUGAUGAUGAUGAAGAUGCUAAUCAUAGUGAUGAUAAUAAUAGAGGGUGUCUUAAUACAAUGUAUAAAUUGUGCUGCGGUUGUAGGAGAAGGAAUACAACUAAUUAUACAUCAUCUGAAAUUGGUCAUAAUAAUGAAACUAAACAUGAUGAGGAAGUUCAUAAAAAUUGGUUACAAUAUCUUGCAACAAUAUUGAAAGACACCAAAAUAAAAUCUCUAAAUUUUAAUAAUAAUGUCAUCAACUUGGAAAUGCUUUCUUGUUCACUGAUUGAUACAGAAAUAUCCUAUCUUGGUUUAAGAUCAUGUAAAAUAAAAAAUUAUGACUUAAAAUGUUUGGCAAGUGUUUUGAGUGAUACAGAACUCACCUCCAUAGACUUGAGUAACACUGCAUUGGACUGUGAGAGAUUGAAGAUGCUUGUAAACGGUUUGGAGAGGACAACGAUUACAUCUCUGAACCUAAGCUCAAAUAAAAUAGGUGUUGAGGGACUAAAAUAUUUGGGUGGUGUUUUGAAAAACACAGCAAUCACAACCAUUGAUCUCAGUGGAAAUAUGUUGAGUCAUGAAUGCAUAGAAGUAUUUGCGCCUUAUCUUGUGGGUUCAAAUAUUACUUCUCUAAAUUUGAGGAGCAAUCGGAUAGGCGAUGAUGGUGUGAAAUGCCUAGCACAUGCUUUGACGAAUAAGGACACAAAUAUAGAAUCAAUCGAUUUGGGAUCGACUGAUCUGUUUGAUUUGCAAACAUUGGCAAUUUGUUUGUUGAAUACUAGAAUCACAUCUCUCAGUUUGAGUGGAAAUGAUAGAUUUAUUUCAAAUAGCCCAAAUGCCUUUGAAGAUUUUUGUAAGAAUUUGACGAAUAUCACCUCAAUUGACCUCAGCACAUGUAAUUUGCGUUGCAAUCAUUUGAAACUGUUGUCAUCAGGCUUAGCUGACUCAAACAAUAUGUCACUCAAGUCACUCAAUCUAAGCCAGAAUAGAAUAGAAGUUGAUGGUAUUAGUUCUCUGGUUGAUAUCUUGAAGAAACAUAGAAUUGCUUACCUGGAUAUCAGUAAUAGCUUCGGUGAGCAAGUAGGCCUAUGUUCAAAACUAUUAGCAUGUUUAAAUCAAACCAAUGUGGAAUCUCUAAAAUUAGAGGGAAAUGAGAUGGAUUUCAAGAGUUUAGGAGAUGGUUUAUUAGGAUCUAGCCUUACUUCAAUUUAUCUUGGAUACUGCCCUCACCUAUUCGAUUUCAGUGCAUAUCAGAAAUGUGCUCAUUUCUUUGCAAGUUUAAAAUGGAAUUCAAACAUCACUUCACUGAAUUUAGAUUGCAGUCAUUGUCAUGGAGACACUGUUUUUGAAGAACUGGUUUCUGUUCUUGAAUAUACAUCGAUCACUUCACUCAGCCUGAGAAAGUUUCCUUCACAAUGCAAUAGGUUGACAAAUCUGUUAUUGCACCUGCCUGAUACGAAAAUCACAUCACUCAUUCUCAAUGGAAGCACAAUUUGUGGUAAUAUAUUUUAUUUGGCAUCUGUUCUACAAUUUACUAGCAUCACCUCUCUCGACCUAAGUGAUUGUGCAAUUUUUGAAGGAAAUCAUAUUAGUGAGGUUCAAAACAAGAUUGACUCAAACAAUGACUCACUUAUUCUGAGAAAUAGACAUCUGUGCUUUUUCAGUGUUUGUUACUUGGCACGUCAACUAUGUCGAACAAAAUUCAAUAAGCUCAACCUAUCUGGUAAUAAAAUGGCAUACAAUGCUUUGAAAUAUCUCUCUCAGGGACUGUUGGGCUCACAAAUUGUUGAACUUGAUUUGAGUUCCACCAGAGUAGAUUGUUGUGGCGUCUACUAUCUAGCUCAAGUGCUUAGACACACUUUGAUAUCAUCACUGAAUCUAUCACACAAUGAAAUUGCCUGUAAGGGUAUCAAGUAUUUGACAGAUGGUCUUGUCGGCUGUCAAAUGAAAUCACUCGAUUUGAGUGAAAAUUGGAUUAAAGAUGAAGGUGUCCAACAUUUGGCUCAACAUUUUGCAAAUACUGGCAUUUCUGAAAUAAAUUUGCGUAGAAAUGGGAUUGAAAUCCAAACAGCAUAUCAGUUUUUCAACAGUGUGAAACAAAGAAACAUGAAUCAAAUGAGAAAGAAUGUGACAAAGGUUCAUUUUAGCAGAUAUAUGCUUGGCUAUAUGGGUUUGUUUAAAUACUCAGAUUGCAUUGUUGAAAUCUGUAAACCAUUCAACAGAGAUGAUGUUAAUUGUCUAAUUAAGGAUACCUAUCAAAAACUGGGUAUAACAAAAUUGCUUUUGAAGGGCGAAAAGUUUGCACAUUAUUUGGGAACAUUAGACAACAUUAGCAUCACAGAAUAUGAACACCGCUUCAGCAGAAGAUCUAUGUUUGUCCUUGAUGAUUGUCCAAUAGUUGACAUACCUCCCAUACUUUUGAAUAGCAAUAUUGCUGUACUUAGUCUGAAUUAUUUCAAUUCUAAAAGUCUGAUGGCACAAAAUGAAUCAAUUUUGAAAGUAAAAGUCAUUUCACUAAAAUUGCUAAGGAAAAAAAGUGCUCACUACGAAGAACACGUCAGAAUGAGAAAAUUUCACAGUUUGCCAGAAAAUUACUGCACUAUUGAUAUCCGCUAUUUUAAAGCACUGAUUGGCAGCAAUAUUUUUUACCUGGAUUUGAGUAAUACCUAUACAACCUGUUAUGAUAUUGAGGUAUUGGCCGAAUUUUUGAAGGAUACCAACAUAAUUUCUCUGAAUUUGAGCAAUAAUAGUUUGGAAGCAAGAAGUGUUGAGUUUUUAGCCAACGUUCUUCCCCUAACUCAAAUCAUUUACAUAGAUUUGAACGGAAAUACAAUUAACUAUUCAGGUUAUGAAUAUCUUCUAAAAGCAGCUCCCAAUUCGAGUGUUUGUUGGCUAUCGCUUGCAAACAAUAAUAUUGAAGAAGGAUUGCAAGAAAACGUAGAAUUAUCACCUUUCAUCGUGCCACGAGCCCAUAUACCAAUCGAGUUCCAAAUACGCUAUUUGUUCAGAGAGUUGGUCUCACUGAACUCAACCGGUGAACAAUUUGAAUUCAUUGUUCCCCGCGAUGAAUCAGUCAUGACCAUCAGUCACUAUCCACAUCUACUCAAACAUCUGCCACACUACAAAAUCCACAUCUAUGACUAUUUCUACAUGCUGACCAUGAGACACGACAUUCACAUGCUAAAUAAAGUGAACUCUUUUGUAGAAGAUAUGAAACACAAAUUCAACACGUUCAUUGAAAGCAAAAUGAUGCAAUUGGGAGAGAGAUUCGGCUACGACUGUUUUAUGAUUCUUGUAAGAGAAUGCGAUCGUUUAGACUUGUCAGAGUUUGUUGAUUGGCUAUUGCUGCAUAGAUCACUGUAUUAUGUGGAUGAUGAACAGAACUUCUUGCAUCCGUACAUCUACAAAAUGUUGCAUGAAUAUAAGUUGCCAUUGUACAAUGCAGACAUCGAACCAAAUAAGAGACAGCAGAUAAUAUCUUACUUUGAGCAGCACACAGGUUUUGAUUGUGCUCGUGAGAUUAUUAAUUUGCUUGGUGAAUUACAAGUAUAAAAACAAUUUCUUUCUCUCUUUUUUAUUGAUCAUGGCUGUAUUUAAAUUUUACAUAACUUUGUCAUAACUGACAUGCCUGACAUCUAUAGUGCAGCUUUGAAUAUAGAAAUUGGUCAUUUUUUGUGCAUUGGAAUAUGGGCUUAAGUACACUGAACAAUGAAUCUUCCACUUUUCAACUGAAUUUGACUUAUAAUGCAUGAUUUUGGACCGCCUUGACGAGCCGAAAAGAAUGAAGUGUAGUACCUACGAUGAAAUCUGAGCAUUGAUUGAGCAUUGAUUGAUUCGAUUACGAGAUUUGGCAGAAUAGCUGAA